AUGGCUGCAGCUGAUCAGAAUCAGAUGCCUGCAGAGUCCGCAACCCUUCACGGGCUGCUAAUCAAUCUGUCGCACGUAUACAUGAUUUAUACGGGUAGGUUGGAGGGCAAAGUUGCAAUAAUAACAGGAGGAGCUAGAGGGAUUGGAGAGGCAACGGUAAGGCUUUUCGCGAAGCAAGGAGCAUUUGUAGUCAUCGCAGACGUGGAAGACGGGAUUGGGACUCUCUUGGCCAAUUCUCUAUCCCCUUCAGCCACUUAUAUACACUGUGAUGUAACGAUUGAACGAGACAUGGAAAACCUAAUCAACUCAACCGUCUCCAUCUACGGUCGCCUCGACAUUCUCAUCAACAAUGCUGGGAUUCUCGGCAACCAGACAAAGCACAAAAAGAGCAUCCUCCAUUUCGAUGCGGAGGAGUUUGACAGAAUCAUGAGAGUGAAUGUGAGAGGGAGUGGGCUUGGCAUGAAACAUGCGGCCAAAGUGAUGGUGCCUAGAAGAAGUGGGUGCAUUAUAUCUAUGGCUAGUGUUGCUGGGCUCAUGGGUGGGCUUGGGCCUCAUGCUUAUACUGCCUCGAAGCAUGCAAUUGUUGGGCUCACAAUCUCUCCUUUUGGAGUUGCAACUACCAUGCUUAUCAAUGCAUGGAGGAGUGGCGAAGAAGAAAAAGAUGAUGAUGAUGAUGGAGUUGAGAAGAUGGAGGAAUUUGUGAGAAGUAUAGGGAACUUGAAAGGUGCAACUUUGAAAGCUAAAGACAUAGCCGAGGCUGCUCUUUUUCUUGCCAGUGACGAAUCUAAGUAUGUGAGUGGUCAUAAUCUUGUUGUAGAUGGUGGGAUUACUACCUCAAACAACUGUGUGGGAUUGUAGCAUACUAGUCUUCAAUGAACUUUUCAUCUUUUUCAUUAAAGUUUCAUUGAUG